AAGUGCAAAUUCCCCGGGAAAAUCACGAAACAAGGGGAUCCGCCUCUGCUAGUCAGCCUUAAGAUAUAGGAAUGAAAACAGGGGAGACACACAUAGUCGCACCCCCUACCGAUCUCCCUCAUAGAAAAUGUCAAUUCCUCGCUUCAUGCCAAUUGGCUCUCCUUUGUUUUUUCUAGAUUUUACAGUUAUCCCUUGCUUUCACUAAUCUCUGUCUCUCUGUUUUUCAUCCGGCUCCUCAUUACCAGGCCAAAAGAAGAAGAAGAAGAAUAGCUACAAUGGAACCAUUUUACUUGGUGGUAUUCGGGUCUCUGGCCUCCCUGGUUGCAGUAUUGGAGCUAAGCAAAACAAGCAAAGAUCGCUUUAGUACCUCCUCUGCUUUCAAUUCUUUCAAAAACAACUAUCUUGUUGUAUACUCUCUGAUGAUGGCUGGGGAUUGGUUGCAGGGGCCAUAUGUUUACUACCUUUACAGUCAUUACGGAUUUGGGAAGGGGGAGAUUGGCCACCUUUUCAUUGCUGGUUUUGGAUCUUCCAUGUUGUUUGGUACAGUGGUUGGAUCUUUAGCCGACAAAAGGGGUCGAAAGAGAGCUUGUGUCACUUACUGCAUAACUUACAUACUGAGCUGCAUUACCAAACAUUCUCCUCAGUACAAGGUUUUAAUGCUAGGACGAGUCUUGGGUGGCAUUGCAACUUCCCUUCUUUUCUCAGCCUUCGAGUCUUGGCUUGUUGCUGAACACAACAAGCGAGGUUUUGAUCAACAGUGGCUUUCUAUAACAUUCGCAAAGGCAAUAUUUCUUGGAAAUGGAUUGAUGGCAAUUUUAUCUGGGUUGUUUGGUAAUGUACUGGUGGAUAGUUUGAAAUUGGGCCCUGUUGCUCCAUUUGAUGCUGCAUCUUGCUUCCUUGCAAUUGGCAUGAUAAUUAUACUGUCCACAUGGACUGAAAAUUAUGGUGACCCUUCGGAAAACAAGGAUUUGCUUACUCAAUUCAAGGGUGCCGCUGCUGCCAUUGCUGCUGAUGAGAAAAUUACAUUGUUGGGUGCCAUACAAUCGCUGUUUGAAGGUUCAAUGUACACCUUUGUGUUCUUAUGGACACCUGCUUUGAGCCCAAAUGACGAGGACAUUCCGCACGGUUUCAUAUUUGCGACAUUCAUGUUAUCUUCAAUGCUUGGAAGUUCCAUUGCCUCACGAUUGCUGGCUCACCCUACUCCAAGAGUUGAGAGCUAUAUGCAGACUGUAUUCAUGCUCUCCUCAAUGGCCCUACUACUUCCUGUUGUCACAAAUUUGUUGGUAGCACCAUCAAACCUGAAAGGUGGGAGCAUCUCAUUUUCUGGGUGUAUCCAGCUCAUUGGUUUCUGCAUAUUUGAAGCUUGCGUUGGGAUAUUCUGGCCAUCUAUCAUGAAGAUGAGGUCUCAGUACAUUCCUGAGGAAGCAAGAAGCACUAUCAUGAACUUCUUUCGCAUUCCUCUCAACAUAUUUGUCUGCAUUGCAUUAUACAAUGUAAAAGCACUUCCCAUGACCGUCAUGUUUGGCAUGUGCUCGGCUUUCCUUUUCGUGGCAUCUUUAUUGCAGAGGCGUCUUAUGGUGAUUGCGGAGAUACACAAGUCGAGAUCACAAGAUUGGCUAAAUAUGGAAGAGAUUGAUCCAGAGGGAGUUCCAUUAAAUGGUUAAUUGAUUUCAGAGGGAAUAAACUUCUGACACUAAACUGUUUUAGUGCUUGCAGCAAGAGCCAUUCUCUUGUUAAAACAAUGACAGACAUAUAGCUUUUAGGUC